AUGGAGUCAUUCCGAACCUACAUGGAACUCCAUAACGCAUCUGAUGUCGUCAUGUGCCGAGCCUUCUUGCUGACCUUGGCCGAUGCUGCACGGCUUUGGUUUAAACAGUUAAAACUAAGGUCCAUCAAAUCAUUUUCCGAGCUCAGCAAGGCCUUCCUCACCAAUUUCAGUAGAGGAAAGAAAAGACUCAAAGCGCCAGCUCAUCCGAUGAAUAUAGUCCAGAGAGACGACGGGCUCUUAAAAGAUUAUAUCAAGCACUUCAAUAUGGAAGCACUACAAGUACGAAAACACUCAAACAAAACCGCACUGAACGCCAUCAUGACCGGCCUGAGAGACAAGUCGUUCCUCUUCUCUUUGGAUAAGAACCCUCUUACUAUGUUGGCCAAGUUCCUGAACCGAUCACAGAAGCAUGCUAAUGUCAAAGAAUCCUGGAUCUUACAAGACGCCGUUCAAAAAAAAAAGUUCUGCGAUCAAAGAGCACAUGAAUAA